CAAGAUUGCGGAAGUGAAAGCGUAGACAGAGUGCAGGUGUCGCCUGGUGCUUGAGGCAUGUGGCGGAGAUAUACGGUAUGAAGUAGCUUUAAAUCCCGGCUCGACAGAGGAGUUAGUAGUGAUGGCGGAUUAACGCGUAGAUAGCAGCUGUGUGUCGGAAUAAAAAUAAAAAAAUAAAUAUAUAGAGCGAGCAAUGACUUGUGUGACAUUGACAUUGGACUUCUUUGCAUGUGCUUCCUGCUAAGUCGCACAGUGUUGAUUUUCUCAGCACAUGGUGUUUUGUAAAGAUGUACAAGUUGUUGCUGUUAAACUAGUUUUUCUCAUUAUGCUCGUGUUUUGACCCUGAUGGAACUGAUAACCGGGUGAACGGUUACCGCCGGCGAUUUUUUACUGCUCCAGGACACAUUUCUUAUCACUAGAUUGUUAUAAUACUCCAAGGGCAAUGUCUCUGGUUUUCCCACGGCCCAACACCAGUGCAGUCGGCAAAAAGGACAAGCGACUCAUGGCCGAGGUGAACGCUUCUCCACUCAAGCACUUCGUCACUGCCAAGAAGAAAAUCAACGGCAUCUUUGAGCAGCUUGGCGCUUACAUCAAAGAGAGCUCAGGCUUUCUGGAAGAGACCUACAGCAAUGGGGAGCUGGAUCCGGUCACUACAGAGGAGCAGGUAGCUGAGGUACGGGGUUACCUGUCCAAGGUGGCAGGGAUCGGCGAGGUGCUGUCCCGUAGACACAUGAAAGUGGUAUUUUUUGGCAGGACAAGCAAUGGCAAAAGCUCAGUGAUCAACGCCAUGCUAUGGGACAAAGUUUUACCAUCGGGCAUUGGCCACACCACCAACUGCUUCCUGCGGGUAGAAGGGACUGACGGCAACGAUGCGUUCCUGCUUACUGAAGGAUCAGAGGAAAAGAAGAGUGUUAAGACGGUGAACCAGCUGGCCCAUGCCCUGCAUCAAGACCAGGAGCUGGAUGCGGGUAGUCUGGUGUGUGUCAUGUGGCCUAAAGCCAAGUGCGCUUUACUGCGGGAUGACCUGGUACUGGUUGACAGCCCUGGCAUCGAUGUCACCACAGAGCUGGACAGCUGGAUUGACAAAUUUUGCCUGGAUGCUGAUGUUUUUGUGCUAGUGGCCAAUUCAGAGUCUACACUGAUGCAGACAGAGAAAUCAUUUUUUCACAAGGUGAAUGAGCGACUCUCGAGCCCUAACAUCUUCAUCCUGAAUAACCGCUGGGACGCCUCAGCCAGCGAGCCUGAGUACAUGGAGGAGGUCCGCCGGCAGCACAUGGACCGCUGCACCAGUUUCCUGGUAGAUGAACUGGAGGUGGUGGACCGAGCGCAAGCCAGCGACCGAAUCUUCUUUGUGUCUGCUAAAGAAGUGCUACAGGCACGUGUGCAGAAGGCCCAGGGCAUGCCUGAAGCAGGGGGUGCACUGGCUGAAGGCUUUCAAGCUAGAAUGUUCGAGUUUCAGAACUUUGAGCGGCGUUUUGAAGAGUGCAUCUCCCAGUCAGCGGUCAAGACAAAGUUUGAGCAGCACACCAUGAGGGCCAAGCAGAUCUCCGAAGCCUUACGGCUCAUCAUGGACUCGGUGCACGUGGCAGCCCAAGAGCAGAGGAUCCACUGCAUGGAAACAAAAGAAGAGCGGGAGGACCGGCUGGAGUUCAUCGAGAAGCAGCUGGAUCUGCUCACCCAGGACUGUAAGAGCAAGAUCAAGAAGAUCACAGAGGAGGUCGAAAAACAGGUAUCAAAUGCAAUGGCCGAGGAGAUAAGGAGACUGCACGUGCUGGUAGAUGAUUUUCACAUGGAUUUUCAUCCCUCGCAAGUGGUUCUGAAAGUUUACAAGAAUGAGCUUCACAAGCAUAUAGAAGAGGGUCUGGGCAAGAACAUGUCUGAGAGGUGUUCCAACGCCAUCAGCUCAGCCCUGCAAAGCACACAAACUGAAAUGAUAGAUGGCCUGAAGCCCUUGCUGCCCACCUCGAUGAAGGAGCAAGUGGAUAAGAUGGCGCUCAGACAGUGCUUCAGUCUCUGCUAUGACCUCAACUGUGACAAGCUGUGCAGCGACUUCCAGGAGGACAUUGGCUUCCACUUCUCCUUGGGCUGGACCAUGCUGGUCAAUCGCUUCCUCGGCCCUAAGAACACCCGCCGUGCCCUCAUGGGCUACAAUGACCAGGUUCCCAGGCCUCUGGCAAUCACUCCUGUCGGUACUGCCAUGCCGCCAUUCCCGCAGGGCUCCAUGACCCAAGAAGAGCUCAUGGUCUCUAUGGUAACGGGACUUGCUUCUCUCACGUCCCGGACGUCCAUGGGCAUCAUAGUUGUGGGAGGAGUGAUCUGGAAGGCUGUAGGUUGGAGGCUCAUUGCUCUGUCAGUGGGGCUCUAUGGCCUUCUUUACGUGUACGAGAGGCUCACAUGGACCACCAGGGCGAAAGAACGAGCCUUCAAGAGGCAGUUUGUGGACUAUGCCAGUGAGAAGCUUCAGCUCAUCGUCAGCUACACCGGCUCCAACUGCAGCCACCAAGUCCAGCAGGAGCUGGCAGGCACCUUUAACCAGCUGUGCCAGCAAGUCGAUGUGACACGACAACAGCUGGAAGACGACAUUCGGGAUAUGAAUGGCAAGAUCGAACAGCUGGACGCACUACAGAGCAAAGCCAAGCUGCUCAGGAACAAAGCUGGCUGGUUGGACAGUGAGCUGAACAUGUUCACUCAACAGUACCUUCGUCAGAGCCGAUAAAGGAAUACAAGUCUAAUUAGUUAACAAUGUGAUAAAGACCAACACUAUUCGCUUCUACUAGUACCUAAAAAGUGCUGCAGAGCGCAUCCGAAUUUCAGUCGAUUUAUUCUCCUUGUACAAACACCGAUCUCUUUUAGCCAUGCUUUUACAGAAGAGAAGCCGAUCAGAUUGAAUCUGAAAUGACUGACUGCUGUUUUCCUUUGGCACUUGAUGUAAACUUGUCUUUGAGGAGUCUGAGGUAGUGAACUGGUACCUUUUAAAGAAAGGCAACUUUUUUUUUUUAGGUUCUUUGUUUUCUCAUGGCAAAUAGAUUAUGUGAAUGAAUUAUUUAUUCUUUGCAUUGUGAAGGUGUCGACCUCAUCGUCUUGUCUCGCCUGUGACCAGUGGGAUUUACAGCGAUACUUCCUGUAUGCUAAAACCCCAUGGAGAAGAACAGGAGAUUGCAAAUGCAUCCUGUCUGUGUGAGCUCACGUAACGGAAUGAAUAUGUUUCACAGUCACAACUCAGCCGUAUCUAACGAGUUCGGCAGGGUAGAUGUACGUUGGGUGACUUUUUGUUAAGAAAUAUAAGCAAAUAAUUGGUGUCUGUGAGGAUGUGCCUCAUCAUAAAUGUCAGUUUGUCUGUGUUGGUUCAUUUAAAAGUGUGGCGGCCUUGGAAAACACUUCACGUGGUGAACAUUUGAGCUGAAAUAAUUCUUUUCAUAGGCAUGGCUCUCAGUCAGACAGUUAUAGCAUUAUGAUCUCUGCCAAAAAGUGAAAAGGUAGAAAAUAUCGCUUAAGCAGUUAUAUUCUUCAUUCUGGCUGCAUGAUGGACAUUUUGACAGCCGGUAUCUGAUUACAGCCAAGUAGCUAAGGCUUUUGUCCGUUUUCCUAUCGCACAUAGCUAUCCGAUAACCACUUGAUCGACGUGUGAUGUUCACUGUGUGUAAAUCGCUCUCAGCCAACAGAACGGCUCCUUCCCCAAUUUGGUCUUUGUAGAAAAAUAGUCAAGUCAUUUUGGAGAAAUAUAAUUUGAGGUUUCUUUAAACCUUUGUUAUAAGCAGAGAGAACACCAUUUUAGCAAAAAUCUUUAUUUAUUUGUAUUUUUUUUGUCAUGUUUGGCUGUUUGCCAGAAUUCAACCUGGUAACAUCCAACAUGCUUCCCAAACCGCCACACACAUUGACUUUUUUUGCAUGAGAAUGAUGCCUACCUUUACAUCUGUAUAAGUAAGCCAUUAUUACUACAGGUUUGGCAUCUUUACAGGGCGGCACGGUGGUGUAGUGGUUAGCACUGUCGCCUCACAGCAAGAAGGUCCUGGGUUUGAGCCCAAUGCCAACGGGGGCCUUUCUGUGUGGAGUUUGCAUGUUCUCCCCGUGUCUGUGUGGGUUUCCUCCGGGUGCUCCGGUUUCCCCAACAGCCCAAAGACAUGCAGAUUAGGCUAAUUGGUGGCUCUAAAUUGACCGUAGGUGUGAAUGUGAGUGUGAAUGGUUGUCUGUGUCAGCCCUGCGAUGACCUGGCGACUUGUCCAGGGUGUACCCCGCCUUUCGCCCGUAGUCAGCUGGGAUAGGCUCCAGCUUGCCUGCGACCCUGUAGGACAGGAUAAGCAGCUACAGAUAAUGAGAUGGAUGGAUGGCAUCUUUACUGGUGUGAAAGGUCGGUCAGUGUUUUGUGAAGUGGGACCGUAGACGCGGAAUGAUUCCAGCAUGUUGUCUUGAUGUUGCCGUUUGUGCAGGAGGCAUGUUUUUGUUGCUGUGACCACACUACAAAGACUGCAACUGCAUUCAAAUGCAGCACUGUGUAUGUUUUAUAAUAGUGCAAAGUAGUGGCACUAUUUAUUUAAUCCAAGCUAAAUCAAAUCUUCGGGUUUAUGUUUAAAAAAAAAAUGGACAUGAAGUAAAAAGGAUGCAGGAUGAAAUGUUCUAGCAUGUGGUGACUGCUCAUGAAACAUGAAAUUCCCUUGGGGGGGCGAAGUGCAGUUUGGGUGUACGGACUACUUUUAUUUAAUGUUAUUUGAAUUAAUGAAAUGUCAAGGAUUUGUGACGCAUCUCUGCGUCAUAUUGUCUUACACUGAGAUUGAUGUCGAUACAUUACUACAUAUAAAAAGGUAUUUUAAAAAAAUGUUCAACUCGGUCAUGUAAUGUACGUGUGUGUGUGUGUGUGUACACACAUCACUGGUUUGUUGUUGUUGGUGUCAUACGUAAUGGCUGUUCACUUUGAUUAGAGUUUGUGCCAAGUGUUUAAGAACGACAGAUCUGAAGAAUUCUUCACUGAUUGUGCACUUUACUUUUGCUGCUUUUAAAAAAAAAAAAUUUUGUCACAUAUUCACCAAGUGAAAAGAAACAAAGGUGAUUUGAUCUGUAGAUUCCUGUCCGCAGUAAUGUAUAGCUGUGCAUGCUUUGAAUAUUGUAACCUCAUAUCUUGUGUUCCACACGUGUUUAAAUUAAAUAAAAUUAAUGCCAUCAGA